AUGGCUGAUCCGCUCACCCGCGGUAGCUCAGCCUGGCCAUGCCGCUGCAGAGGCCAGGCCCACGCGGGGCACUGGUGGGCUCUGUCUCUCGGGCUUGCGGCAGCGCUGGGCCGAGGACGUCUGCUCGGGAGAGAGCCAGGCCAGGAGAUGAUCACUGAAGCUUCUUUCUAUUUGUUCAAUGCCACAAAAGGCAGAGUCCAUUUCAGGAGCGUGAAGAUUUUGAUACCUCCGACGUGGACGGAGAAGAGUUAUGAAACACCAAAGCAUGAGUCCUAUGACAAGGCAGAUGUCAUAGUGGCACCUCCUUAUUGGAAACAUGGUGAUGACCCAUAUACCUUGCAGCCUGGAGCAUGUGGAAAUAUGGGAAAAUAUAUCCAUUUCACACCUAACUUCCUAGUAAACGAUAAUUUGAUGGAUAUCUAUGGCUCACGGGGCCGAGUCUUCGUCCACGAGUGGGCCCACCUUCGGUGGGGGGUGUUUGAUGAGUACGACAGCGACAGGCCUUUUUAUGUAACUGGGCAGAAUCAGGUUAAAGUUACAAGGUGUUCCUCUGAUCUAACUGGCAUUUAUGUCUGUGAAAAAAAAUCCUGCACUGACGGUAGUUGUGUUAUUAAUAAGCUAACAGGGCUUUUUAAGGAAGGAUGUGCAUUUAUUCAUGAGCGAAAUCAAACUGCAAUGUCAUCACUAAUGUAUAUGCAAAGUUUGUCAUCUGUGGCUGAAUUCUGUGAUGAACAUAACCAUAACAGAGAAGCACCCAAUCUGCAGAAUCGGAUGUGUGACUACAGAAGCACAUGGGAAGUCAUUCAAAACUCUACAGAUUUUAAAAAUACUCUUCCAGUGACCAACACCAGCCACAUUACUCCCCCUUCCUUCUCAUUGCUGCAGAAGAGAGAUAGAAUGAUAUGUUUAGCGCUUGAUAUUUCUAAGACUACAGCUGGGGGUAACUGGAUCAAUCGAUUGCAUCAAGCAGCAGAAUUGUAUUUACUGCAAAUUGUGGAAGAAAAUUCCUAUGUUGGUAUUGUCACAUUCAGUCACAUAGGAGAGAUCAAAACUCACAUGCGUCAGAUAGUCAGUGGUGAUGUACGGAAACAGCUUGCUUCAUACUUACCUGCAGCUCCAGGAAGCAAGAGAACAAAUGUUUGUGCAGGCCUGCAACUGGCAUCUGAGGUCAUUAGGAAGAAAGAUGGAAAUAUAUAUGGAUCUGAAAUUGUACUGGUGACAGGUGGACAAGACGGUCAUAUGAAGAAUUGUUUUUCUGAUACGAUUAACAGUGGAUCAGUCAUUCAUACAAUUACUGUUGGAUCUUCUGCUGCUAAGGAAAUCGAACACUUCUCCAAAGAGACAGGAGGGUUGAAGUUUUUUGUCCCAGAAAGACUGGACUUCAGUGACUUACUGGAUGCUUUCAGUGGAAUUUUGUCCAGAAGUGGAGAUACUUUCAAUCAAUCUAUUCAGAUUGAAAGUGCUAGUGACAGCACUGGAGGGUAUAAACAGCUCCAUAGGACAGUGACUAUUGAUAGCACAGUGGGAAGAGAAACUUUUUUUGUAGCCACUUGGCAAACCCCUGAACCGCCAGAGAUCACGCUCUUUGAUCCCCAUGGGAAAGGCUACACCAACAAGGACUUUGACAUUGAUUCCAUUUUCCAUGUAGCUCGUCUCCAGAUCCCAGGAAUUGCAGAGACAGGGGAAUGGCUAUACACACUGACAAAUACACACCUGUCUCCUCAAGUUCUGACAAUGACAGUAACUUCUCGAGCAGUAAAUUCUACUAUACCUGCCGUGGCUGUGAAAGCCCAUACGAGCAAAGAUACAAAUGACUAUCCCAAUCCAAUGGUUGUCUAUGUACAAGUUAGUCAAGGGUUUUCACCUGUUCUUGGAGCAAAUGUGACUGCCAUUAUUAGCCCGGAGAACGGAGAUCCAAUUUCCUUGGAACUUUUUGACAGUGGAGCAGGUUCUGACAUUGUCAAGAAUGACGGUAUCUAUUCAAAGUACUUUUUUUCUUUCCCUGGGAAUGGCAGAUACAGCCUGAAAGUCCAUGUCCAAGCUAACAGAACUAUCAUGCCACAAACUGCAAUGCCGUGGAGUCAUGUCCUGUAUAUACCAGGUUAUGUGGAAAAUGGUAAAAUCAAGAUGAACCCAUCAAGACCCUCAGUUAUUAAAAAUGAUCUUCAAAUCAGAAGAGGAGGUUUCCAUAGAACAGCUGCAGGAGGCUCCUUUAUAAUAUCUGCAGUUCCAGUGGGGCCUUAUGCUGAUGUGUUUCCACCAUGCAAAAUUAUUGAUCUUGAUGCCAGAGUAGAAGAUGAUAACGUCAUAUUAUCAUGGACAGCACCAGGAGACGAUUUUGACAAAGGCCGAGCUGCAGGUUAUGAAAUCAGAACAAGUGAAACUCCUCUGGAACUAAGGGACAACUUUUAUAACACCACUAUUGUGAAUGCUUCCAGUCUCUCACCUGAGCGUGCUGGUUACAAAGAAAUAUUUGCAUUUAAACCGGGAGCUUUUACAACAGAAAACAUCACCAUAAUCUAUGUAGCUAUACGGGCCAUUGAUGAAGUCUUUCUUCACUCUGAGCUAUCUAACAUUGCACAGGCAGUAAUGUUUAUUCCCCCUAUGGAUUCUUCUACUUCUAAUAUGGAGUUUAGUGUUUCAAUAAUAUUGCUAUUAGUCUUUGGAUUAUUAGCAGUAGUUUGUCUUACAGCAAGUACAACUUUUUGUUUAUUAAAGAAAAAGGACAAAAAGACUGUUUUAGAAACUUCAACUAAGUUGCUUUAACAGAAACUGCAAGCUUGUCUGACCUCCAUCCAUUUUUGUUUAGAUGCUUUCCCAUGCAAAAAUAGGUGUCCUACCAGAAGAAGAAUAAACAGAUAAUCAUGUUCCAGAUUUGAACUGGAUUUCAUGUUGUGUAUGAAUGUUAUAGCUGAACAGCAGGUUACAUUAAAACAAAUCAUAUGUAUUUAGUGUGAACUGAACAGACACAGUGUAUGUUUACUACCUUAUAUGUAUGCUAGGCAGUGUCAUAGCCUAUUCUUACAGUAUGAAGAAAGAGAUUAAAUUGAGCAAGAUACCUUAGAUAAUGUGCCUUACUAAAAAAAAAAAUCUUUUUCUAAAAAAACAGUAUGAGCUCCUGCAGCUCAUAUUUUCAUAUGAGCAGGUACUGUCUUUGGCAGUUUGCGUCACAGUGCCAAAACCUAAUAUUUAUUUGCUACCAUCUGCUUAUUGCAUCUCUAUUAGGUGUCAGCUGCUGCUGCUACUCCACCUCAAUAGCACCCCAAUUUUUAGAAGGAGCAGUUGGAAGUAAACGUGCUCUGCUGAGAAACGUAGUCUGAUGGAAAACAGAGAUUUCCGUUUGGUGCUUCAAGCUGUUUGGUACUCAUAUAGAUGGAAAAGAACAAAAGCACUGAAGGCAUAGGAAAAGAAUGGACGGAAAUUGGAGUUCUAGGACAGAAGGAAGUCUUGUGGUCUCUUCAUAACUGAAG